GGUAUUCCCUUAUGCAUGGUCAUCAUUGGUGACUACGAAUACAAGGCAUCUAACCCUUUAAAUUUUCGAUACCCACAAUGCAACUUAGACGGCAGAAAUCAACGCUAUAGAUAAUAUAAGGUGCCUGCUUACCAGGACUGCUAAAUCGUCGACUCUUGUUUGACAAAACUCACCCAGCUUGGGUUGAGUUAUGAGCUUGACUAGCGUCGAAGUAAUAUAUUCUACAACUACUUAGACUCAAACUAGUUUUAGGAUCGCUACAAAACCCAUGACGUAGUUUGCAAGACGACAAGUAGGAAAAUUCAAAAGUAAGUAAUGGAAAGAUAGGUUAUCAGUCAAGGCCGCUGCAGGCGCACUUUAUCGAAGACUAUCACAGCCAGAUGUCGUCAGGUCGGACCACUGAACGGGCUCUGCUGCAACAAGGUAUCAUGGGCCUGGUUGGAUUGCCUCUUCGUAACGGACAGACGAUUGACGCUGAAAGACCUGACUCUGGUGCAACAAUCGAAAGUGUCGAGGAUGACUAUGAACCGGAGCUGGCGGCGCUUGCCGAUGAGAUUUCAAUCGACGAGGAAGCCACUCUACCUGCGCUGUCUGGGUUCGAGCCAGAGAUGACCGAAGCGCCGCUGAUCCUUGAUGGUGGACGUGACGCUCCAAAUCACAUCCUUACAGGAGAACCGAAUUCCCCACCAUUUUUGCUGGCCGAAGACGGUGAAGAAAUGCUUAAGUACACUAUAUAUGAGCAACGGUCGCCAGGUCAGCGAAAUGUCAUCGGGACGCUAACGACAGUCAGAGGAAUUCCACUGAACGAGUUAAGGCCGGCUUUAAGUCAGUUAGCCAAGGGCCAGUCAUUCUAUUUUUACAAUGACCGGACAAACCUCGACGUCAAGAACGAGUCCUUAGCGAUUGACCGGAUUUUUAAGAACAAGGCUCUCGUUAUACGAUUUCCUCAGAGGACGGAUUCCCCAGCGAACGAUGGCUUCUCAAAUACAGCACGUAACAGUGUUCCAGUGUCAGGUAUUUUGGCCAACGUCACUCAACAUGAUGAACAGAGAAGGGCGAUAGAUGAAACGUCUAAUGAGGCUGAGCCAAUGAAAGAAGUGGAUGAAUUCGACGACGAAAUAACAGGGGCCGCACCUCAGGACCCCAUACAUCUGCCACCACCCGAUACAGUUUUGUCCGAACUUCAUGAGGUGAAUUUGGUGUCGGGCCGAAUAGCAGAGGGUGCUCCUCUAGAGAAAACCCAGAAGAUAGAAAAAAGUGAAGAAGAUGAACUUGUCCCACCGGCUCCUGAAUUGCCAUUGUCUCCGUCAGCCGGCCAAAGCUCGAGCAACAAUUCUGGCAACUCGUCGACGCAUUCGGUCGAAAGGGGUCCCUCAAGCACGCGUAGUGGAGGUUCAUACGUGGGUCCGCUUGGUCUUUGCCAUCGGCCAGAAUGUAGCAACGCUGCCCGCGUGAAAUGCGUCUCCUGUGGACAAGUGGCCUAUUGUAGUUCAAAAUGUCUUCGUACGGACGCCGCCCGGCACCGCGCCAAUUGCUAUCGUCGUUGCACGCCCUCAUUUGAUAGAAACGCCUUGUCUGCGAUAUUUUCCUAGAGCCUGCAAUGUCUGAAGUUCACUUAAAACGGACAAGUCACCCAUUCAUGGAAUGUACAAACUACCCGUUUACGAAGAAAGUGCAAUAACACUUUGUAAGACAUAUGAACAGAUACGGAGCUAAACAGAACGUCAAUUGAAAUUCAUCAACAGCUUUUCGAUCUUUCAUGUAAGAGUUCGCACAGCAACAAAGCUAAGUAGGCC